GGAAUUGACAUCGGGAUUCACCUCCCAGUUGUGCUAACCGUUGCAUCCAUCUUACGCCACGGCCCAUAUGAUCACCGGACCCAUCUGUCAGCCACACGUGGCACUGCUGAGCACCGCUUCCCUUCCUGUUCCUCGUCUCUCUCCUCCGCACCGUGCCACCGACGGCGAAUGCCCCUACCUCUCUCCUCCUCCUCCGCCGAGAUCCGGGUUUGGUUCUCCCGGUAAACCCUAAUCCAAUUCCGCCCCCCUCCCAAUACGACCCAACCCCCCGGUCCGAUCCCUCAAGCGGAGCAGAUUCGGAUCCGGCUCGGCGAGAUGGAUCCCGAAGAGAGCGCCGUGCCGGCGCCGACCGCAGAAGCUGCGGCGGAGGCGCCUCCUCCUAUGGAAGAAGAGAGGGCACGGCCAGUGCAGGAAGUGCCGGCGGAUGCGGCAGCGGGGGAGGACAGCCAGGCGGGUGGGGGCGAGGCGGCGGGGCGGACCCACGAGGAGGAGGAGCUGGCGCGGGCUGUGGUGGAGCUCGGCCUCCAGAACGAGUACCUCAGGUCCCAGAUCGCCGGUUCCCAGCCGAUGGGACGCGGCAAUGAGGGCUCGGAGUCGGAGCUCGUGAGGGGCUUGAAAGAGCAGGUCGAGAGCCUCACUAGGGAGGUGCGGGAGCAGCGGCAGUCGCGGGAGGCAGCUCUGGAGCACGUCAACGUGGCCUAUGCCGAGGCCGACAGCAAGGUCCAGAAUCUCACCGCCAAGCUCGCCGAAGCUCAGCAGAAAAAGGAAAAAGAACUAAAAGAACGUGAUGACAAAUAUGUUGAGCUGGAUACCAAGUUCCAGAGGCUUCACAAGCGUGCAAAACAACGUAUACAAGAUAUACAGAAGGAAAAAGAUGACCUGGAAGCUCGGUUUAAUGAAAUUAGUAAGAAGGCUGAACAGGCUACUUCUCUUCAAUUAGCAGCACAGCAGGAUCUGGAGCGUGCUCGUCAGCAGGCUAGUGAGGCUUUACGGUCAAUGGAUGCUGAAAAGCAGCAGUUGCGGACAGUGAACAACAAGUUGAGAGCUAACCUCGAUGAGACACGUCUUGCCUUGGAGGCCAAAAAUAAUUCCCUGGAGAAGUUGCAACAAUCAAUGUUUGAAAAAGAGCAGAUGCUAGAGAAAAUUCAAGGAUCACUGCAAUCUGCCGAAGAUAAGAGGACGGCAAUAAUUUCAGAGCUCACUGCUAAGCAUCAGAAGCAAUUAGAAAGCUUGCAGUCUCAGCUUGCUGAAGUUUCUGCAGAAAGGACGAAGGCAUCUGAAACAAUUCAAUCUCUUCAGGUGGUACUAAUGGAAAAAGAUUCAGAAAUAGCUGAAAUCAAAGCAGCAGCAACAGGUGAAGCUGCCCGACUUAGAGCUGCCCUGGAAGAGGUUAAAGGGGAGCUUGCUCAUCUAAAGGAUCAACAUGAAAAAGAAAGGCAAAGCCGGGAAGCUGCUUGUGAAUCUCUUAGGUCAAAGCUGGAAGCAUCAGAAAGUGCAUGCCUUAGAUCUGAGAUAGACUUUGCCAAAGUUAAAAGUCAAUUGGAGUUAGAGUUGUCAACACAAAAUCAAUUGUUACAAGCCAAAGAUUCUGAUCUAGUGGCUGCAAAACACGAGAUUAGUCGACUGGAAAGUGAAUUUUCUGCGUACAAGGUCCGGGCACAUGCGCUUCUGCAAAAGAAGGAUGCUGAGCUGAACGCAGCUAAAAAUUCAGAUUUGAUUAAAGCACAUGAAGAAGCAAUAAGGGAAGCCGAAAAGGAGGUGGCAGCUGCCUUGACAGAACGAGAUAAAGCAAUCCAUGACCUUCAAAAUGCACAAUCUAGACACGGUGACGAGAUUGAGGCAAGAGAUUUGGCUCUUGCUGAUGCUGAGAAAAAGCUAAAGAAUGUAAUGAAAAAAUUAGAUUCUGUUACUUCUAAUUUCCUCUCAGAGAAAGAAUGGUGGGAGAAAAACUUGGCAAGCGUAGAGGAAAACUGGAGAUUGAAAUGCGAGUCCUUGAAGGCUCAGAGCAAUGGCCAUGUUGACGAUCAACUUGAGAAGAAUUUAAGGGAGUUGAAACUGAAAUAUGAGAAAUUGAAGGAAGAGCAUGAUUCAUUCCGUGAUAUUGCUGAUAGAAUGAUUGAAGACAAGGAAAGAGAGAUAGCUAAACUCCUCAAGGAAAAUAGGGAUCUUCAACAUUCUUUAGAGGCUAAAGCAGCAGUUAGCAACAAUGAUUAUCAAAGUCAAGGACCUGUUAAGCAGGAUACAAUGGGUGUUGAAUUGGCCGAGCAGCAAAUUCUGCUUCUUGCACGGCAACAAGCACAAAGAGAAGAGGAAUCGGCUCAGUCACAGAGGCAUAUCUUAGCUCUUCAACAAGAAAUUGAGGAGCUCGAGCGUGAAAACCGCCUUCAUGAUCAACAGGAAGCAAUGUUGAAAACUGAGCUUCGCAAUAUGGAGAGAUCACAAAAGCGAGAAGGAAUAGAUUUGACAUAUCUAAAAAAUGUGAUUCUAAAGCUUCUUGAAACAGGGGAAGUGGGGGCCUUGUUGCCUGUGGUUGCAAUGUUACUACAAUUCAGUCCUGAUGAGCUCAAGAAGUGCCAGCAUGGUGUCCUUUCAAAUGUGGCUUCGUCACAGCCUGCUGCAGUGCCAGAUGGUGCAACCACACCAAAUUCGUUCUUUGCAAGAUUCUCGUUCUAGCGGACGUACAGGGCACAUUUCUUUCGAAGAUUCACACUGCAGCUGGGGGAGAGGAUGUUUUGAGCCUACAGAGUCACAUUUUUUUUGAUCGUAGAAGAUGCCAUUUAUUCAUUAUUUACAGGCUUCCUCGCCUCCUGUCACCUUUUGUAAAAGUAGUGUAUAUAAAAUAAAUACUUGUGCCACAAGCAAGCCAUGCUCAAAAUGAAAUGGGAAUAAAUAUUGGGAUUUGCAUAGUAGCUCAUGUCAGAUUUAAGGGGGGAAAUGGCUGCAUAGACUGUUGUAUAAUUACAUUUGACAUUUGAUAGUUCAGGAGUCGUACUAACUUUUUGAGAAUUGAGUUUU